UCUGUAGAGGAGGCCUUGUAGUCUUCUUACUCAGGAGGAUACAGACAGAUCAACAGUGACUCCAGAUUAACCCACUUUCUCACUGUCCCUCAGAUGAUAUAGGCCAGUCUGCAUCUGUCUCCACAAUGGUUGUUCCUGAAUCCCAGGAAAAAAUGUACUACCCUCCUGAUGACCUGAAGAGGGAUGCUCAUGUACCGGAUUUUAACUCCUAUCUGGCCCUGUACAGGAAGUCUCUUGAGAAUCCAGAAGCUUUCUGGAAAGAGAUUGCAGAUGAGUUCUUUUGGAAGAAGCCAGCAACGGGACCAUUGCUGCAGUACAACUUUGAUGUGACUAAAGGGAACAUUUAUGUCAAAUGCAUGGAAGGGGCCAAAACCAACAUGUGCUAUAAUGUCCUGGACAGGCUUGUGAAGGAGAAGAACUUUGGUGAAAAGGUUGCCUAUUACUGGGAAGGAAACUCAACUGACCACCACAUGGCCAUCACCUACAGCCAGCUGCUGAGCCAGGUCUGCCGCUGUGCUAAUGUUCUCAAGAAAAUGGGUGUAAAAAAGGGAGACAGGGUUUCCAUCUACCUUCCCAUGAUCCCCGAGCUCGUCUACACCAUGUUGGCCUGUGCAAGGAUAGGAGCUGUUCACUCCAUAGUGUUUGCAGGAUUCUCCUCUGAGUCUCUGUGUGAGAGGAUCAUCGAUGCUUCCAGCAGCGUGCUGGUGACGGCAGAUGGUGUUUACAGAGGAGAGAAGCUGAUCAACCUGAAACAGAUUGCAGACGAGGCGCUGGAGAAGUGUCGGGAAAAAGGGUCAUCUUCUGUCACUAAAUGCCUCGUGAUCAAGCACCCGGCACUCAGGACAAAAAGUGGAGCUGCAUGCAACAAACUUCAGACUCCCUGGGACUCGGACUGUGACGUGUGGUGGGACGAGGCGAUGAGAGACUCUCCUGAAGAGUGUGAACCUGAGUGGCUCGAAGCUGAGGACCCGCUGUUUAUCCUCUACACCAGCGGCUCCACCGGCAAACCCAAGGUCAUCUACUAG